AUGAAGGCUGCUGCGCUUUCCUGCCUCUUCGGCAGUACCCUUGCCGUUGCAGGCGCCAUUGAAUCGAGAAAGGUUCACCAGAAGCCCCUCGCGAGAUCUGAACCUUUUUACCCGUCGCCAUGGAUGAAUCCCAACGCCGACGGCUGGGCGGAGGCCUAUGCCCAGGCCAAGUCCUUUGUCUCCCAAAUGACUCUGCUAGAGAAGGUCAACUUGACCACGGGAGUCGGCUGGGGGGCUGAGCAGUGCGUCGGCCAAGUGGGCGCGAUCCCUCGCCUUGGACUUCGCAGUCUGUGCAUGCAUGACUCCCCUCUCGGCAUCCGAGGAGCCGACUACAACUCAGCGUUCCCCUCUGGCCAGACCGUUGCUGCUACCUGGGAUCGCGGUCUGAUGUACCGUCGCGGCUACGCAAUGGGCCAGGAGGCCAAAGGCAAGGGCAUCAAUGUCCUUCUCGGACCAGUCGCCGGCCCCCUUGGCCGCAUGCCCGAGGGCGGUCGUAACUGGGAAGGCUUCGCUCCGGAUCCCGUCCUUACCGGCAUCGGCAUGUCCGAGACGAUCAAGGGCAUUCAGGAUGCUGGCGUCAUCGCUUGUGCGAAGCACUUUAUUGGAAACGAGCAGGAGCACUUCAGACAGGUGCCAGAAGCCCAGGGAUACGGUUACAACAUCAGCGAAACCCUCUCCUCCAACAUUGACGACAAGACCAUGCACGAGCUCUACCUUUGGCCGUUUGCCGAUGCCGUCCGGGCCGGCGUCGGCUCUGUCAUGUGCUCGUACCAGCAGGUCAACAACUCGUACGCCUGCCAGAACUCGAAGCUGCUGAACGACCUCCUCAAGAACGAGCUUGGGUUUCAGGGCUUCGUCAUGAGCGACUGGCAGGCACAGCACACUGGCGCAGCAAGCGCCGUGGCUGGUCUCGAUAUGUCCAUGCCGGGCGACACCCAGUUCAACACUGGCGUCAGUUUCUGGGGCGCCAAUCUCACCCUCGCCGUCCUCAACGGCACAGUCCCUGCCUACCGUCUCGACGACAUGGCCAUGCGCAUCAUGGCCGCCCUCUUCAAGGUCACCAAGACCACCGACCUGGAACCGAUCAACUUCUCCUUCUGGACCGACGACACUUAUGGCCCGAUCCACUGGGCCGCCAAGCAGGGCUACCAGGAGAUUAAUUCCCACGUUGACGUCCGCGCCGACCACGGCAACCUCAUCCGGGAGAUUGCCGCCAAGGGUACGGUGCUGCUGAAGAAUACCGGCUCUCUACCCCUGAACAAGCCAAAGUUCGUGGCCGUCAUCGGCGAGGAUGCUGGGUCGAGCCCCAACGGGCCCAACGGCUGCAGCGACCGCGGCUGUAACGAAGGCACGCUCGCCAUGGGCUGGGGAUCCGGCACAGCCAACUAUCCGUACCUCGUUUCCCCCGACGCCGCGCUCCAGGCCCGGGCCAUCCAGGACGGCACGAGGUACGAGAGCGUCCUGUCCAACUACGCCGAGGAAAAGACAAAGGCUCUGGUCUCGCAGGCCAAUGCAACCGCCAUCGUCUUCGUCAAUGCCGACUCAGGCGAGGGCUACAUCAACGUGGACGGUAACGAGGGCGACCGUAAGAACCUGACUCUCUGGAACAACGGUGAUACUCUGGUCAAGAACGUCUCGAGCUGGUGCAGCAACACCAUCGUCGUCAUCCACUCGGUCGGCCCGGUCCUCCUGACCGAUUGGUACGACAACCCCAACAUCACGGCCAUUCUCUGGGCUGGUCUUCCGGGCCAGGAGUCGGGCAACUCCAUCACCGACGUGCUUUACGGCAAGGUCAACCCCGCCGCCCGCUCGCCCUUCACUUGGGGCAAGACCCGCGAAAGCUAUGGCGCGGACGUCCUGUACAAGCCGAAUAAUGGCAAUGGUGCGCCCCAACAGGACUUCACCGAGGGCGUCUUCAUCGACUACCGCUACUUCGACAAGGUUGACGAUGACUCGGUCAUCUACGAGUUCGGCCACGGCCUGAGCUACACCACCUUCGAGUACAGCAACAUCCGCGUCGUCAAGUCCAACGUCAGCGAGUACCGGCCCACGACGGGCACCACGGCCCAGGCCCCGACGUUUGGCAACUUCUCCACCGACCUCGAGGACUAUCUCUUCCCCAAGGACGAGUUCCCCUACAUCUACCAGUACAUCUACCCGUACCUCAACACGACCGACCCCCGGAGGGCCUCGGCCGAUCCCCACUACGGCCAGACCGCCGAGGAGUUCCUCCCGCCCCACGCCACCGAUGACGACCCCCAGCCGCUCCUCCGGUCCUCGGGCGGAAACUCCCCCGGCGGCAACCGCCAGCUGUACGACAUUGUCUACACAAUCACGGCCGACAUCACGAAUACGGGCUCCGUUGUAGGCGAGGAGGUACCGCAGCUCUACGUCUCGCUGGGCGGUCCCGAGGAUCCCAAGGUGCAGCUGCGCGACUUUGACAGGAUGCGGAUCGAACCCGGCGAGACGAGGCAGUUCACCGGCCGCCUGACGCGCAGAGAUCUGAGCAACUGGGACGUCACGGUGCAGGACUGGGUCAUCAGCAGGUAUCCCAAGACGGCAUAUGUUGGGAGGAGCAGCCGGAAGUUGGAUCUCAAGAUUGAGCUUCCUUGAAUGAGUUUCAUCAGGGGCUGCAGAGGGAUGGUAACACGUUCUUAAUCAGAAGUAUGAUGGAGAAAAGCACUUGGCAAGUUCCGGUGAGCAAAAAGAAGGCACUUAUUAAGUGUAGGGCGGUGUUCUAUGUUUAAUAGGUGCUAUGUUUACAUAUAAUUAGUAUAUAAUGAUUUAAUAAUUAUGUUUAGCAGUUGCU